CGGCCCCCGGCGUUGCGCCUCCCUCCUCUGCUCACGCCGGAGGAAGCCGCCGCCGAGCGCCGCCGCCGCAAGCGGCGCCUCCGCAUCGAGCCUCCCCUCUCCCACCGCCCCCAACCCCAGCAACAGCGCAUCCCCAAGCCCCAGUCCAACCCUAACGCCCCCAAGCUCCCCGAGCCCGUCUCCGCCCUCGCCGGGAACCGCCUCAACCUCCACAACCGCAUCCUAACCCUAAUCCGCGAGAACGACCUCGACGAGGCCGCGCUCCUCACCCGCCACUCCAUCUACUCCAACUGCCGCCCCACCGUCUUCACCUGCAACGCCGUCCUCAACGCGCUUCUCCGACAAGCGCGUUACGCCGACCUUCUCUCCCUCCACCGCUUCAUCACCCAGGCCUCCGUCGCCCCCACCGUCGUCACCCACAACCUCCUCCUGCAGGCCUACUGCGACUGCCGCAAGACCGAUAUAGCCCUUGAGCACUUCCGCCUCCUCCUCAAGGACGACUCCCCCGUCCUCCCCUCGCCCACCACGUACCGGAUCCUCGCGAAGGGCUUAGUCGACAAUUCGAAGCUCGAUCAGGCCGUGGAGCUCAAGGAUGGCAUGCUCGAGAAGGGUUUUGUCGCCCCCGACCCCCUCGUCUACAACUUCCUCAUGGGUGGGUUUGUUCGGGCCAACGAGCCCGAAAAGGUGAUAUCUUUGUUCGAGGAGCUCAAGGAGAAGCUUGGUGGCGGAAUGAUUUACGAUGGAACGCCCUACGGGAAUUUGAUGAAGGCGUACUUCAUGAAGGGAAUGGAGGAGGAGGCGAUGGUUUGCUACAGUGAGGUUUUGGGAGAGGGAUCGAAGGUUAGGUUUGGAGCAGUGAGCUACAACUCGGUGCUCGAUGCGCUGGGUAGGCAUGGGAAGUUGGAUGAUGCCAUUAAGCUGUUCGAUAGAAUGAUUAAGGAGCACGACCCGCCGAGAAGGAUCGCUGUGAACUUGGGCAGCUUUAAUGUGAUGGUGGAUGCGUUUUGCAUUGCUGGGAGGUUCAAUGAUGCCAUUAAGGUGUUCGGUGAAAUGGGUGAGAGGAAGUGCACUCCGGACACACUGUCGUACAACAAUCUGAUCGACCAACUGGGGAAGAACCAGCUUGUUGGUCAAGCUGAGGAGUUGUACAAGGAGAUGGGCGAGCGGGGGAUUAAUCCAGAUGAGUACACGUAUAUUCUUCUUGCGGAAGCAUGCUUCGGUGUUGAUAGGGCGGAUGAUGCUGUUGGGUACUUUAAGAAGAUGGUGGACUUGGGUCUUAGGCCAAAUGCGAAUGCUUAUAAUAAGGUUAUUGGCGGAUUGGUGGACGUGGGUCGGCUUGAUGAGGCUCAGGGAUUCUUCGAUCAGAUGCCUGAGAAGGAGGUGAAGCCGAAUGUCGCAAGCUACGAGCUGUUGCUGAAGGCAUAUGUUGAAGCAGGUAGAUUGGACAAUGCAAUUAAGACGGCCGAAGGCAUUCUUUUGGAUGAAUCCGUGGCUUUUAGUGACGAAAUGAAGGAGCUUUUGGAGGGAGCUCUAAGGAAAGUAGGUCGGGAGGAGGAUAUAGCAAAGAUGUAUGAGGACGUCGAGAGGGAGAAGGCAGAGAGAGCGGCUCGUGCCGCAGAGGAGAAGGCAAGAGCUGAGGCUCUCGCCAGAGAAGAAGAAGAGAGGAAGAAGGCGGAGGCGGCAGCUAAGGAGGCAGCCGCCGCCAGGGCUAGCCAGGCGGCUAUUGAGGCGGUUUUGGGUAGGAGAAAAGAAGCGGCGAAAGAGGAGUCGCCUGAUGGAGGUAGCAAUGCUGACGAUGGUGGGAUUCUGAAGAGAUUAGGCAUCGCGAAUGGACCAGCAGAAGAAAAAAGAGCUGAAAAUGGAAACAUAGUUGGUGCUAGUGUAGGUGACGAGAGUGUGAAGCAGGAUGGUGAAGCAAAGGAAGGAGCCGGAUCUGGAGGUGCUGCUGACCAGGCUACAGCUUUAUGAACUUGAGCUCGAUUCAUGAUUUUUAUUUGGCGAGUAGUUGUUAUUGUAGUUGUUGGAUAAUGAGAUAGAUAUAAAAGGUUUCGUAAGCUUUUGAAGGCUGAUUAACUCAACAGUUGCUGCCUUUGUUCAUCAUUUUCUCUGCCUGCUGUGAUCUGUAAUAUUUUUGAACCGAGUAUUUUGAUGAUGUUGGGGUUUAAACUGUAAGCCAUUAUGGUUGUCGAGAAUAUAUGCAGUAUAGAAUGAGAAAGUGUGUGGUUUCGUUUUCAUGCUUCA